CGGAGAUUUCAAAUUGAGAGCAAAAGAGGGGCCAAUUCAAUCGGCAUUGCUUUCUCCUCGGCGAUGGGGGGUUGCAGCUCGUGCGCCUCGGCGGCGGCGGUGGUGGUGGGGGCCGCGGGGACUGCGAAGGUGGUGCUUCCCGACGGUGGGCUCCGCGAGUACUCGCGGCCGGUGACGGCCGCGGGCGCGCUGGGCAAGGACGCCGCGUGCUUCUUCGUGUGCGAUGCGGACGAGAUGGAGUUCGACGCGUUCGUCUCCGGGGUGGGCGCCAAGGAGGAGCUCCGCCCUGGGCAGCUCUACUUCGCGCUCCCGCGGUCGAUGCUGAAGCGCCGACUCCAGGCCGAGGACCUCGCGAGGCUCGCGGUGAAGGCGAGCGCCGCGCUGGUGGGCGCCGCGGGUCAGUGCGGCGGGGGGGUUGUGUCACCACAGGUGUUUCCCGCGGGGGUGUCGGUGGCCGUGCCCAUCGGCGGGAGGGAGGAGGAGAAGGCGCGGAGGUGUAGUAGAGGCGGUGGCGGACUGCGCAAGUUUGCGCCGGAUCUGAGCGCCAUUCCGGAAUAGAGAGGUAAAAGAAGGGGAGGCGGAAACCUUCAAUGCAAGAUCGGGCGGAACGAUCUGAACCGUCCAAGCGAAAGAGUUCGUUGGUCAUGACGGGCAGACGUCGACCGGUGGAUCGAGGAUGGACGUUCGAGAUCUAAUUAAUCGAUGGGAUGAUGUAGGAGGUCGAAGCGAUCGGAAGCUUUUGGCAACGCAGCCAAUCGGAAAAUUUUGGUCUAUUAGUUCUGUAAAUAAAAUAAAAUAUUUGGGGGGA